AUGCUCUCCCUUCCCCUUUUCGCCCUCGCCUCCGCCCUGAUCACCCUCGUCCCUCAAGUCGCCGCCCAGACUUGCAACGCCACCAGCCUCUGUUCUGAGAGUGCCCCAUGUUGCUCCGAGUACGGCUUUUGCGGGUCUGAUUCUUUCUGUCUUGGGGGAUGUGAACCUCUUUACUCGUACCAGACAACGUCUUGUCGCCCUGACCCCAUUUGUGUAUCUCUGGAGACAGAUUUCACGGAUCUCAGCAGGGUCAACCAAAACGCUUCGGACUACACUGGAAAAGCCACCGCCUGGGACUGGGUCAUCAACUCAGGCACCAUACUCUCUACAGACGAUGGCGCCCGCCUCAUCUUGACUCAAGAUAAUGGAGGCACCAAGAUUUCCUCCACUCGAUACAUGAUCUAUGGUACCGUCGACUUUGUGCUCGAGACGAGCAAGUGGGCGGGUGUAGUGACGGCGGCAAUCACCAUGUCGGAUGUCAAGGAUGAGAUUGAUUGGGAGUGGCCGGGGGCGACAACAGAUCAGGUCCAGACCAACUACUGGUACUUGGGGGUCGCGAAUUACUCGGCAACGGAAGGAGCAUCGAGCUCUGUUUCAUCCGACACUGCCUCCAACUUCCACACUUACUCCUUCGAAUGGACUGAAGACUACAUCAACUGGAACAUCGACGGCUCCACCGUCCGCACCGUCCAGAAGACCGACACCCUCUCAUCCGACGGCUCUCAAUACAAAUUCCCCUCCACCCCCUCCCGCAUCCAAAUAUCCAUCUGGCCCGCCGGUACCUCCGACAACGCCCAAGGCACCAUCGACUGGGCUGGGGGAAUGAUCAACUGGGACGACAGCGACUACGUCUCCAACGGGUACUUCUGGAACACCGUCAAGAGCGUCAGGAUGACUUGCGGACAGGACGAGAUGAGUGUAGGGACGAACGGGACGACGGGAUGGGUUUAUGGGGGUAAUGGGAUGGAUGGGGUUCCUACGGUGACUUUCACGAAUGAGACGACGCUUCUUACCUCGUCGGCCACUCAGUCAUCGCCGAUUGGUCUCAAAAAGGCAGGAAUGCUCAGUAUCGUGGUAGGAGCCAUGGUCGUCCUCGGUGGGGCGAAUGUCUUCUGA